CCUCUACCAGCUGGGCCUUGCCUUGUCGUCGCCGUUGUCGAACAUCCCACGUGCGGCAGACACCUCUCUGCACUAAUCCAGAUGCCCAUCCUGUGCCCGACAUGAUAUCGUCGCAGCCGGCCUCUCAGCUGAUAGAUUGCUCUCGCUUCGUUCCUCUUCGCGACCUAACGCCGGGGCCCGCGCACAGCCAGCCCAGGCAGCAGGGCCCGACGACAUGAUGACGCCGUUCAAAUGGGCCGUCGUUUUCGUCCUGUCCCUCUCCUUCAUGGUCUUUGUGACCUUUUUCGGCAGGCUACCUGCGUUUAGGUGGGUGGUGUUUCCAUGGCGCCCGUACAGUAUACUUCAUCCACACGAAGACCUCGCUGACGUUUCGGCGCAUGGAAAAAGGAAAACGCCCAUCGCGGCGCUGCACAGGCUGGUAUGGAUUCACAUCCCCAACGCCGGCAUCGCCGUCGACAACGUCGUCACGGGCGGCAGGCUGUUCAGGUCGCUGUCGCGCUUUGGGAACUUUAUGAUGCAUGACCGGCAUCCCACGGUAGUGGUCUUCUUCCUCGCUAUUCUCGUCGUGGCCGAGUACAUGUAUCUCCCGUCGGCAUGGCCGCACCUCGGCGCCUUCACCAAGCUCUCCGCCAGCAUCACGGUGUUCCUGCCCUACCUGUUCCUCUACCUCGCCUGCGCCAGCGACCCUGGCUACAUCACGCCCGCCAACCACGCCUACCACAUGUCCCUCUACCCCUACGACCACGCCCUCUUCCACCCAGGCAACAAGUGCAACAGCUGCCGCUUUCUCAAGCCGGCGCGGUCAAAGCACUGCAGCGUCUGCAAGCGCUGCAUCGCAAAGGCCGACCAUCACUGCAUCUUCAUCAACUCGUGCGUCGGCUACGGCAACCACCACUGGUUCAUCCUCCUCCUCCUGUCCACCGCCGUUCUCACCACCUACGGCGCCCUGCUCGGCCUCUCCCUGCUGUCCACCGCCAUGCGCGCGCGCUUCCCGGCGUUCCGCCUGUGGAAGCCACGCAGCAUGACCACGACCGUCUACGCCGCCAUCUGGGGUGCCGGCAUCCAGAGCAACGUCCGCCUCGGCGCCACCACCCUCCUGGCUGUUCUGACCAGCCCGCUCGUCUGGGGCCUGCUCUUCUACACGCUCUACCUUGUCUGGGCCGGCACUACCACCAAUGAGUCCCUCAAGUGGUCCGUUUACAAGGAGGAUAUGGACGACGGGUAUGCCUUUCGCAGACCACUGUCGGCGAGCAGGAUGAGGGACCCGCGGGUGGACCCCGCCUGCGCCAGGUGGCCUGUAGAACCUGAGCAGGUGCUUGUGGCGACCUCGGACGGUGAGCCGCCCAUCGACGAAUCGAACCUCGCUGGUGAAGGCCAGUGGGAGCGCGUCUGGAGUCUAAGGCAUGUUGAGAACCUCUACGAUAUGGGUUUCUGGGAUAAUCUCGCGGAUGCCUUUGUACGAGAUUAUGCAUUCGGGGGCCGAGCCGAUGAACCGCCGGCCGAGCGUAGGAGAAGUGGCAAGGCCGCGCGUGGCAAGGCUUGAAUCACUGAAGUGAUGAUCUACUGUUUCCAUCGUACACACCUAGCUAGUUAGUAUACGCAUAGCACGGGCAACCACGUAGCGGUUCUUGUUC